UAACCUACAUGUUCAGCAAUGAACUUGGCUGAGCGAAAAACAAGGAGGAAAGAUGUUUUCGCAGACUGACAAUGAUUGAUGAAGGCAGCCUUUGUAGUUUAAACGCAAACACCAAGAUUGACGGAGGAAACAUGCACACUAUUCAGCUUUUCAUUCUCUUCUUCUUCUCCUAUCGGACAAACUUAGCUUUUGGAAACCGACAUGGAAACAAAUCAUCCUCAAUCAAAACAAAACCAUCAGGGGGAGGACGUAGUUCUGAAUCUCUUUACCAUGGAGAGGGAAGACUCGUCCAGUUUAUUGCCAACAACAGACUCAUGCCCGGAGGCCUUCGAUCGUUUUUUCAAUCUGACUUUUCCGCGACGCGAUUUGGACCAUCUUUCCCCCCAACGAGUUCUCAAAAGAUUGUUGGACGAAUCCCACAAGCUUCCCAAAGACAACCUGCCAUUCACGUUUCUACCGGGUCAACCGGGUUCGGAGGGAUAUCCAGCCUGUUAUGAGGCGCCCAAAUCUGACAUGGAAGGAGAGCAUUCUGGAGAGGCCCAAGGACCAUGUGUCAAGUCCUUUAUGGGAGAGGAGUGCAAGUAUUAUCCGGAGUUUCCAAUUAGCAUGAAAGUGUAUCCGGCCUGUUGUGACGAAACGGGUUGCCAGUGUGAGUGCAUUUAUCAAUGCACGCAGACCGACCAGAUUCGAGUCCUCCUCUCGACACAUCUGUUGGAAAAAGAUUUCUUGGAGUGUUCCACCCAAUUGUCUGGGCGAGGCGAAGCCCAAGAGUGGAAAGAGAAUCGCUGUGAGGAAACAAAACGGGAGCAUUAUUCCCAGAUGGAACACGAAUGUGCCCGAAAUGGAUCGGGGCCCGUUUGUAUCAAGCAAGGCACUUGUAUUCGAGACAUUUGUAAGUUUUGCCUCCGUUGGGAGUGCGGCGAAAUUUGGACCAAUCUUUCAAGUCUCGGCCUCACCCAAACUCACAACUCCUCAACAACGGCUCCUCAAAACAGUGAACAAAAAGAGCAACAACAUAACCGAAAGCAGGUUCCUGCUCUAGAAGAUGAGAUGAUGAUGUCAUUCACAGGCAGCAGAGACCGCGAUCAUAAUUUGCGACAACCCUUUUCUGGCUCUGCCAUAAAUGAUUUGAAGGUAUUGCCAAAUGGGGUGGAAAAUGGAAGGUCGGCAAGUCGGAACAAAGCUAACCAUAACCAUCACCAUCCCAAACGUCAUCGUCACCGUCAUCAUCCUCAUCAUCCUCAUCAUGAGCCAAGACCAAAUUCUCGGGCGGAUCAUUUCGGACCAAGUGAAAUGUACGAUUUUCAAAGUUCCAAUCCUGAAUUGUCCCAUCCAAUGGAUCAACACCGCCACUCGUCCCACCACUCCCAAACGCCAAAUCAUCGUCAAUAUUUAUCGCAAGAAAAGUUGAAAUAUGAGUCCGACGAAUCUAACAACAAUUUGAGAAGAAAAACCACUUAUUCGAGCAUGAGCCAAGAAGCAAUUGAGGAGGAUGUCAAGGACGAGACCCCGACAAACGCAUCUCCUGAACAAACUCUCAAACCAGAUAUUCACACCGCCGUGGCCUCAAUGAUCAAGGCCUGGAAAAUCUUAGAAGCCCUAGAUGAGAUCUGAAACGCUACAAAGCUGAAAUUGGAUUCUUGAUCCUCCCUAGUAGCGUUGUCAAGCGAUCAAAUUUCCAUGUUUGUUCAGGGUGUGAUUCUCUCUAUACAUAGAUGUGUUAAGUUCAAGCAUGCAUCAAACGUUCCCAAGACAGUUAUUGUUUAAACUACGGAUAUUUGCUCUCCUCGUCAGUUUUAUUCAGCCAAAUCGUGUGUAUUCACUAGCUCAAACCUCGGGUCAUUAUGCAAGCUCUGGAUUCGCGAAAUACUGCUUUUACCCCCGAACGGAUUCCAUUGGAAGAAUGUGCUCUUGCAAUGAAUCACAUCCCAAAUGCCGUUGUGAAAUUACCGAAGUUCCGGGCCCACAAUGUCCGAUGGACAAUCCCAAUUGCCAGUGUUGUCUCUCUUUAACUUGCCACCAUGAGGACGCUAAUCCACCUCGAAACAAAUUUGGACUCUUUCGGCGGCCACCCUGGGUUUCCAAGUCAUUUCCCAACAUCAUUCCUCCCCAGCUAGAUUUCUCGGAUUUCAUGAAGAACGUGGGCUCGUUUCACCAGAACCUAACCCAACACGCUCAUCAUAGUUCAUCUUUGAUGACUUCGUCAACGUGUCGUUCUAUUUCGCCAGACAAUCAGGCUUGCGAAUGUCAACACUUGGAUCAGUGUAACUGCAAAGCCCAAGUGCAGUGCUCUCCAUUUGGAUAUUGCCAAUGUUGCCAUCACAAGCAAUGCCACGGGUUCCAAGGGAUCGACGAGCCCGUUCCAAAUUGGUUCCCAACAAAAUUCUUUGACAAUGCGGGAUUUCCCUUUAGCUCCGACAAUUUCUUCGGCAAUGAGUGGAACAAUUUCUUUGUUUAGUGUCAUCAUAUCGCACUCAGUUCCCUCCACCACCUCAAGAGCCUGUUCCUUCAGUGACAAAGCAUUCCUCUCUCUCUUAUAAGUUUAUGACUCUAUCAUAUCUUUCACGAUGGAAACCUUAGGAAGUUAAGUCAAGCCCAGUGCCAAAUAUAGGCCUAUUCUCGAAUCCUUCCUGGGAGAAUCAAACACCCGUGAAGAAUAAGAAACGAUAGAAAUGGCACCUAAGAGGAGAGAAAUUUAAAGUGUGAGGGUCCCUCUUCAUUUGGAACCAAUCCCUGAGUCCUCCUAUUAAAGAGACAACUGAUGCCAAACCAGAAUGGCAAGCCUUCCUUUGCUUUUGAAAUAUCACCAUUUAGGAGCAAAUGGCAGGGGCAUCUUUUGACGAUCAAGAUUGAUCGUUUUCAGAUUUCAAAGGACCCCAAAACGAUGGCAAAAUGUCCCAUCAAAACGCAGCGUCUAAAUAGCUAAAAUUUGAUCGUUUCCCCUUUUCUUGCAUUGAGGAUGUAAUAUGGACCGAUUGUCAGGCAUAAAGCACUUCAACCUCUUUCCAUUCCAUUGAACCUAAACCAAUUUCAAGAUCCCUAGCUUCUAACAUUUUCUCAUCACAUGUGCCUGUUUAUGUGAUUGUCAUUUUCAUUGUAAUCUCAGCUGCUCACUGAACCCAUAUUUGACUUUCUCAAAUCAUGGGAAUGUGUUUUUCCUACCAGGCUUGCCGUUUAAAAUUGAAUGAAAAACGUCAGUUGCAAUAGAAGACGAGAGGGAUGCACAAAAGA